AUGAGUGAGAAAGACAAGUACAAGCUGAUCCUUGGUUCUUAUUCAGGCAGAACUGUCAUUUCGUCUCCACUAUUCUAGUCAUUCAAAGAAUUAAGGGGGGGGGGAGGAGGACAGAGCUUAGUAAUGUAAAUAUGCUUAAACUAUUUUACAUCAAUAGCUUUGGAAGACAAAGAAGUAACCUCAGCUCAUCGCUAUGCAAUCCUGGACAGCGCAUACCGGACGUUGAUUAGUCCAAAGGUAUUCGCCUGUGAAUCAUGCGCAGUUAACCUGAUCAACUAAUCCAAAUCUGAGGAGUGUCUCAGCGAACAAUUUAUUGUAAUUAUUAUAUUGAGUAUUUUAAUCCUUACAAUCUUCGACAAGAAUGAUAGAUAUUACUAAGAAUGCUUUUAAUCCAUAUCAUUAUUGUUAAAUUAUACUUAUCCUAUAUUUUAAGAUUUCUUUUGAAUUACGAACGGCUCAUUGUUGGUCAAACGUAAUACUCAUAGUGCGGCUCAUUUUGUCAGGAAAUUCUGGUGACUCUCUUGCUUUCCAUCGCGGUAUGCCAUUCACCACUAGAGAUCAAGAGAAUAACGAUCAUGUGGAUCACAACUGCGCCAUUAAGUUCAAAGGAGCCUGGUGGUACCGUGGGUGUCACCGCUCAAAUCUCAAUUGCUUGUAUCUUCGUGGCUAUCACUCUUCUUCUGGUGAUGGAGUGAACUGGUUUCAAUGGAAGGGUUAUCAUUACUCCCUCAAGAGAACCGAGAUGAAAAUAAGACCAAAGGAUUUCUGA